UGCUGGGUCGUGUAAGAGGGAGACGAGUGUGAGAGAGAAGGUAGAGACAUACACGACUGGAGGAAAACAUCCGGAUUAUUACCCUCAUACCCUGCCAGCAUCCAUGAGCAGGUAUGUGCCUCAGGCGUACGUGGGAGGCUCACCCUUAUACCUGACAGAGAAUCUUAAAAAGGAGGCUGUGGUGAAGGAAGGUCAUGCAGGGAGCAGCUGCGGUAAUGGCACGUCCGAUGCCCUGCCGCCACGCCGACAUGACAAUUCCCAGCUCAGCUCUAGUCAGUCAACAGGUGGCGCCACAAACAAAGAUGGCACUGCUACACUGUCAUCUACGCUCAGCCAGACUCAAGGAAUUGGCAUUCCAGUUGGCAUAGCCGUGGCACGUCAACGACAAGAUACCCGGAAGCACUCAAAAGAGAGGAAGGAGAGCAAGGAGAAGAGAGAGAUGGAAUAUGUUCAUGCCUGGCAACAAUGAGCCUGUUUGACCCCAGAGACAGAGAGGCCUUCUUAAGGUUGUUGGCACAAGACUAUCCUACGAUGCACACAUUGUUUAUACGUUAUUGUGUUUCUGUUUACUAUAAUUAUAUCUGACAUGAUGGCUUACUUGACCGUAAUUUAUUGCCACGUAUCCUGGUCAUAAAGAUUCUGUUUGACUGAUAAUUUUCAUUAUUUUCUCAUGUU